AUGUCUUGGUCCAGAUCUCGACAGAAGGAUAUUCGGGCGGCAAGCCAUGCUGGAUCAUGGUAUACGAACGAUGGCGAUGAGCUGAAUGAGCGGCUCGAUGCAUGGCUAGCCGCAGUAGAACCAACGGAGGACGCGUAUCCUAUCAAGGGUUCCAAGGCCGUCAUCGCACCUCAUGCUGGAUACUCCUACUCAGGCCCAGCAGCAGCUUGGGCGUACAAGAGCAUUGACACGACUGGAAUCAAGAGGGUCUUCGUACUUGGGCCAUCGCACCAUAUCUACCUGGAUGGAUGCGCAUUAUCCAGGUGCAAGGAGUAUGCGACACCCAUCGGGAAUCUUCCGCUUGAUUUGGAUGCUAUCAAAGAAUUGGGGAAUACAGGAAAAUUCGAGUAUCUAGAUAUCAACGAUGACGAGGCGGAACAUAGUCUUGAGAUGCACCUCCCCUACGUUCGCAAGAUUUUCCAAGGGGACAUCCGCAUCGUACCUAUUAUGGUCGGCGCCAUCAAUGAGCGCACAGAGAAGGAGUUCGGCGCCCUUCUCGCGCCGUACCUCGCGCAGCCAGACACAUUCUGUGUCGUAUCCAGUGAUUUCUGCCACUGGGGCACUCGCUUCCAGUACACGUUCUACUACCCUUCUCCUACCGCUGAGUCGGGCUUGAGGCUCUCGCGCAGCGAACCACCCUCUCAGGACCAUCCGAUUCACGAGUCAAUCACUCGUCUCGAUCGCGAGGCGAUGGACAUUCUCACCAUCCCUCCUGGGAAAGCAUCCACAGCGCACCCAGAAUUUGCACGGUACCUCUCGCGAACCAAGAACACCAUUUGUGGCCGCCAUCCCAUCGGUGUGCUCUUUGGCGCCAUUGCUAAACUUGAGGAGACCCAAGGGACGGAAGCCACGGUCAAAUGGGUCCGAUACGAGCAUAGCAGCGAGUGCGAAACCAUACGGGACUCGAGCGUUAGCUAUGCUAGCGCAUGGGCUACAUUUUGA